ACAGUUUUCUGGUUGGUUUGCCAGCCACGAGGAAUUCAUUUAUUUCAUGUAGUAGGCUAUGCAUGGAUAUUUUACAGCGUCCUCAGAACGUUUAGGACUUUCGUUGAUGUUGCUUCAGAAAUGUUGCAAUUUGUGGGGAUAAAAGCUUGAUACACGUCUCGUCUGACACCAAACAGAUUAUAGUAUGCGGAGCAGCCGGUGUCUGUGUAUAUUUAUUUGAAAGUGUUGGAUGGGAUCAUCUUUGGUUUGCUGGGAACAUGGAUCUUGGACUGCUGUUUAAUUCUGGUGGCAAUGUCACUGAAAUGCAGGAGGUUGACCUGCUGAGCGUGAUGUUGAAAGAAGAAGAUAUAAAAGAGGAGGAAUAUGGACAUACGAUUGCAUGUCCAGAUGGAGACGAAAAGCCAUUUGUAGAUCUUGACUGUCAAACUGAAACAGACGUUGCAGAGUCCAGCGUUACUGACGAUGAAACAUUACAGACAACAGCAGAGAUCGAAGUGAAGAUUGAGGAGGAGGAUGAUCUGCCAGGAUGUAUAAUGCAAAAGAACCUGCAACAUAAAGGACGUCUCUACCACUGUACAGUCUGCAGGAAGAGUUUCACAGCCCUGAGUGAACUAGAGAAACACCAGCAAACACACACUGUUGACUUGAGUCUAAAGCAGAACACUUCCAUAAGGCCUCAUAAAUGUACAGAGUGUGAAAAAGCUUUUAUAACACAAACACGUCUUGAAGUCCACAUGCUAACACACACUGGAGAGAUGCCUCAUCAAUGUACCCAGUGUGGAAAAUGUUUUUCAUACAGUUCAACUCUUAAACGCCACAUGUUAACACACACUGGAGAGAAGCCUCAUCAAUGUACCUGGUGUGGGAAAUGUUUUUUACGAAGAUCACAUCUUAAAACCCAUAUACUUACACACACUGGAGAGAAGCCUCAUCAAUGUACCCAGUGUGAAAAAGCAUUUACAACACGAACACGUCUUAAAGACCAUAUGGUAACUCACACUGGAGAGAAGCCUCAUAAAUGUGCCCGGUGUGGGAAAGCAUUUUCAGCAAAUGCAAAUCUUAAAAGCCACAUGCGAAUACACACUGGAGAGAAACCUCAUCAAUGUGUCCAGUGUGGAAAAGCAUUUAUAAAGUCUUCAGAUCUUAAACGCCACGUGCUUACACACACUAGAAAUAAGCAAAGGCAGAAUACCAUCAAAGACACUCAUAACUGUACCCAGUGUGGAAAAGCUUUUGAAGAGUGUGCACGUCUUAAACGCCACAUGCUUCUUCACACUGGAGAGAAGCCCCAUAGCCGCGUUGAGUGCGGAAAAGAUUUUUCACUAAUUUCAGGUCUGAAAUCCCACAUGCUAAUACACACAGGAGAGGAGCCUCAUCGAUGUGAACCGUGUGGAAAAACUUUUUCACAAAUUUCAACUCUUAAAACCCACAUGCUAACACACACCGGAGAGAAGCUUCAUAAAUGUGUCCAUUGUGGAGUUUUUCUUUCAGACGUUGCACACCUGAAAACCCACAUGCUAACACACGCUAGAGAGAUGCCUCAUGAAUCUGAACAGUGUGGAAUCACUUUAACACAAUUCUCCAGUGUUGAAAACGACGAUAACACAGGAGAGAAGCCUCAUCAAUGUGCUCAUUGCAGGAAAACUUUUUCACUAAUGCAAAGUCUAAAAACUCAUAUGCGAAUACACACGGGAGAGAAGCCCCAUCAAUGUGCUCAGUGUGGAAAACUUUUUUCACAAAUUUCAAAUCUUAAUUCCCAUAUGAGGACGCAUACUGGUGAGAAGCCUUAUACAUGUGCCUACUGUGGAAAAGCAUUUUCACACUUUACGGGGCUCAAAGCCCAUUUGCAAACACACUCUGAAGAGAAGCCUCCAGAAUGUUCCAAAUCCAAUGUGACAUCACAUACUGGAGAGAAGCCUCCAGAAUGUUCCAAAUCCAGUGUGACAUCACAUACUGGAGAGAAGCCUCCAGAAUGUUCCGAAUCCAAUGUGACAUCACUUACAGGAGAGAAGCCUCAUGAAUGUUCCAACAGUGACGAUGUGACGACAGUGAAGAAAGAAGAGGAUGAGGAAGAGCAUCAGCUGGAAAGUUUAUCAGAACAGCAACAUUCAACACAACAGAAGAUUCCAGAACAGAAUGAUGACCUCCAUCUGCUAGAGGAACACCAGCAAACACACACUGUUGACUUGAAUCUAAAGCAGAACACCGGCAAAAGGCCUCAUAAAUGUCCGGAAUGUGAAAAAGCAUUUACAACACAAACACGUUUUAAAGUCCAUAUGAAAACACAUACCAGAGAUAAACCUUUUAAAUGUGCCCAGUGUGGAAAAGGUUUUUCAUACAGUUCAACUCUUAAAACCCAUAUGCUAAUACACACUGGAGAAAAGCCUCAUCAAUGUGCCCAGUGUGGAAAAUGUUUUUCACUAAGUGCAAAUCUUAAAAGCCAUAUGCAAAUACACACCGGAGAAAAGCCUCAUAAAUGUGCCCAAUGCGGUAAAAUUUUUUCACACGUUUCAACUCUUAAAAGCCACAUGCUUACACACAUUUUAGAGAAGCCCCAUAACUGUGUCUAUUGCAGUAAAGGUUUUUCACACAUUUCAACUCUUAAAAUCCAUAUGCGUACACACACUGGAGAGAAGCCUCAUCGGUGUACCCAGUGUGAAAAAGCAUUUACAACACGAACACAUCUUAAAGUCCAUAUGAUGAUUCACACUGGAGAGAAGCCUCAUAAAUGUGCCUGGUGUGGAAAAUGUUUUUCACUAAGUGCCAAUCUUAAAAGCCACAUGCUAAUACACAUUGGAGAGAAGCCUCAUCAAUGUGCUCAGUGUGGAAAAGCUUUUCGAAGAUUCAAUGAUGUUAAACGCCAUAUGCUAACACACACUGGAGAGAAGCCUCAUCAAUGUACUCAGUGUGGUAAAGGUUUUUCACGAAUUUCAACUCUUAAAAGCCACAUGCUUACACACACUGGAGAGAAGCCCCAUAACUGUGUCCAGUGCGGUAAAGGUUUUUCACACAUUUCUGCUCUUGAAAUCCAUAUGCGUACACACACUGGAGUCAAGCUUCAUCAAUGCACCCAGUGUGAAAAAGCAUUUACAACACGAAGAUAUCUUAAAGUACAUAUGAUGAUUCACACUGGACAGAAACCUCAUAAAUGUGUCCAGUGUGGAAAAGGUUUUUCAUUAAGUGCAAAUCUUAAAAGUCAUAUGCUAAUACACACUGGAGAGAAGCCUCAUCAAUGUGCCCAGUGUGGAAAAGGUUUUUCAUACAGUUCAACUCUUAAAAGCCAUAUACUAACACACACUGGAGAGAAGCCUCACCAAUGUACCCAGUGUGGAAAAGGUUUUUCACAAAUGUCUAAUCUUAAUAUCCAUAUGCUUAGACACAUAGAGAAGCCCCAUAACUGUUUCCAGUGUGGUAAAGGUUUUUCACAAAUUUCAGCUCUUAAAAGCCAUAUGGUUGUACACACGGGAGAGAAGCUGAAUAAAUGUGCCCAGUGUGGAAAAGCAUUUAAAAAGCCUUCAGAUCUUAAACGUCACAUGCUUACACACACUAGAGAUUCGCAAAAGCAGAAUACUAAUGUGGACACUCAUAAAUGUGUCCAGUGUGGAAAAACGUUCGCUUACCUUUCACAUCUUAAAACCCACAUGCUAAUACACACGGGAGAGAGGUGUCAUCAGUGUGACCAUUGUGGGAAAGCUUUCUUAUAUUUUUCCAUUCUUAAACGCCACAUUCUUACACACACUGGAGAGAAGCCCCAUAGCUGUGUACAGUGCGGAAAGGGUUUCGCAGAAAAGUCAACUCUUAAAAGCCACAUGCUAAUACACACUGGUGAGAAGCUGCACAAAUGUGUCCACUGUGAAAUUUUUUUUUUACACGUUGAACAUCUCAAAGCUCACGUGCAAGUACACUCUGGAGAGAAGCCUCAUCAAUCUGCAUUCGAAGAUGCUAAAUGCCAUAUGCUAACACAAUCUGAAGAGAAGCCUCAUGAAUCUUUCCAGUAUGGAAAUGCUUUUACACAAUUAUCUAGUGUUAAAAAGUGCAGGCUAGUACACACUGGAAAGAAGUCUCAUCAGUGUGCUCAGUGUGGAAAAGGUUUUCCAAAAAUGUCAAAACUAAAAAUACAUAUGCUUGUACACACUAGAGAGAGGCCCCAUAAAUGUGUCCAGUGUGGAAAAGGGUUUUCACAAAUGUCAAGUCUUAAAGUUCAUAUGCGAAUACACACUGGAGAGAAGCCUCAUCAAUGUGUCCAGUGUGGAAAAGCUUUUACACAAAUUUCAAAUCUUAAUUAUCAUAUGAUGAUGCACACUGGUGAGAAGCCAUAUAGAUGUGCGUACUGUGGAAAAACAUUUACAUGCUUUGUGAGGUUCAAAUGCCAUAUGCAAACACACUCUGGAGAGAAGCCUCCAGAAUUGUCCAAAUCCAUUGUGACAUCACACUCUGCAGAGAAGCCUCCAGAAUUGUCCAAAUCCAUUGUGACAUCACACUCUGGAGAGAAGCCUUCAGAAUGUUACGAUUCCAUUGUGACAAUACAUACUGUAGAGAAACCUCAUGAAGAGGUCCAGUGUGGAGAAAGACCAUAAAUUUCAAAUCGUCAACACCACAUGCUUGCACACACAUUUACGUUUACCAGAGAUGUUCACAAGUCAUCUCUGACGUUUACAUCGGCUUGGAGAUUUGACCUGACUCUUGAGUAUACAUACAUGAAUUAAUUUUACCAAGGUAUGCUAGGGGGCGAUUUGCUUCCUUUUCACAAUUGCAGAAACAUUCCAUAUUAGCUUCAAGUGACAUAGUAAAAAAGUUGACAUUACUUCUUGAACAUUGUCACACAUCUGCAUUUGUUAAAUGUUCUUAAUAAAUGAUCUCA